AUGGCUCCUUCCUCGGUAUUCGCGGGCGUUCUGCUCAAUGCCCUCCUGCUGGUCACACCCACAACCGCUCUUGUUGGCCAGAAGGUCGCCUCUGAUUCGAUUGCGAACGCUCCUCUGUUUGAGAGCGAGCAGUUCCAGUUGACCGAUGACUACAUUAAGAAGCUUAGCGAGAGCGAGGCUGCUCUUGCGGCAUUUGGUGAGAAAGAUCAGACCCCCCCGUCUACCGACGGAUGCAAGGUCUUCCCCGGUGACGACCAGUGGCCUUCCGAGUCCACAUGGUCCACCUUGGAUGACCUUGUAGAUGGCGCACUCAUCAAGACCGUGCCUCUGGCCGCAUCUUGUUACACUUCAUGGCCACAAUAUGAUGCCCAGAAGUGCGCGUACGUCAGUGCAGAAUGGAACAACUCGAACAUUCACGCUGCUGACUCGGCCUCGGCCAUGUGGCCUCUGUUCGAGGGUAGAAGCUGCCUGCCUACCACCAAUGCCUCGGCAUCUUGUACCCUGGGUGGCUACAGUAGCUACGCUGUCAAUGUGAGCAGUGUGGCUCAGAUCCAGCUUGCUGUUAACUUUGCUCGCAAUACCGGUGUCCGCCUGGUUGUCAAGAACACCGGCCACGACUUCAACGGAAAGUCGACCGGUGCGGGUGCUCUCGGUAUCUGGACUCACCACCUCAAGAACAUUGAAUACUACGAGGAUUACCAAAUUGCUGGCUACCAGGGUCCCGCUGUCAAGAUGGGUUCUGGUGUGCAGGCCUUUGAGAUCUACCAGAAGAGCAAGGAGCUUGGUUUCACUGCCGUUGGUGGCGAAGGCAUGACUGUUGGUGUUGCUGGUGGUUAUGUUCUUGGCGGUGGCCACUCCCCCAUGUCCAGCGUCUACGGCUUGGCUGCUGAUCAAGUCCUGGCUCUUGAGGUCGUUCUGGCCAAUGGCCGCUUCGUCACAGUCACCAAGGAAAGCGAACCCGAUCUCUUCUGGGCUCUGCGCGGUGGCGGUGGUGGCACUUUCGGAGUCGUCACCUCCCUCAUUUCUCGUGUCUACCCCCAGGUUGGCGUGACUGUCUCGACUUUCAACUUCACCACUAGCGAGACUGUCUCCUCGGAUACCUUCUUCGCUGGUGUCCGAUCCUACCUUGAGCGCUUCCCUGUUAACGCUGACGCUGGUACCUACACCUACUUCUCGGUGACCCCGACCGGCCCGGACUCUUACAUCUUCCUGAUGGCCCCCUACUUCGCCGUCAACCACACCGUGGCCCAGUUCAACGCUCUCAUGAAGCCAUGGUUCGAUGAUCUUAACGAGUUGGGUAUCUCAUUCGAGCCCAUCACUACCUACUACGAUAACUUCCACGACGGCUGGGCUGCUGGUUUCCCCCGCGAGUUUGUCGGUCCUUCAACCAUGAUCACCGCCUCUCGCCUGUUCCCCCGCGAGAACUUCGAGUCCCCCACUCUGUUCAACGAAACCUUCAACGUUCUGCGCGAAACCAUCACUGAUGGCUUCUUGUUGCUUGGCUUCAACAUGAAGACCGAGGCACACGAUCUCUACGCUCCCAACGCGGCCAACCCCGCUUGGCGCCCGUCGCUGAUGCACGCUAUCACCUCGACCGCCUGGACCGACACUACUCCCGAUGCUGAGAUCCAAGCCAAGAUGGAUUACCUCACCAACAAUGUUGUCGGCAAGUGGCGCACUGUCUGCCCCGACUCCGGUGUCUACAUGGCCGAGUCGGAUAUCCAGGAGCCUAACUUGAACCAAGCAUUCUACGGUUCCAACUACGACCGCUUGUAUGAGAUCAAGAACGAGUAUGAUCCUACUUCUUUGUUCUAUGCCCCUACUGCUAUUGGCAGUGAUGACUGGGUUGUGGACAGCCUUGAUGGUCUUCCCGAUCAGAACGGUCGCUUGUGCCGCGUUUAG